CUGGCACAGCCAAAACAUACAACCACGCAAGCCACCCCUGGCUUCUCUUCCUCCCGCCUCCCUUUUGGAAUUUCACACGUCAAUUUCCUCUUCUUCCAUCACGCGCACGCGCAUCUGUUGGCUUGCGACGUCUUCAGGAAGCCUCUUUUUGUUUAACUCCUUCUUCCAUAACGCUCACUUUAUUUUGUUUCCUUUUUUCCUUGUCUGAGUCUCCUCAUUUUUAUCCAUUAUUUUUUCCAGGUCGAGCCUACGAACAACGGGAUCUCAUCAACAGCGUCUCUCGUCGACUCACCUCCUUUACAUUGGAAAGACUUCGUUAGCGACACAAUAUUUCUCUAGCGUUUAGUACUACUAUCUUCCGAGAGUUACAAGACAACAAGUUCCGAGGCGUAACUGGCGCGUUUCUUCUCGAACCCUGCACGAUCCCGACGUCAAAGCUUUUUCGUACAACACACACUGUCUCAGGCGAUUCGCUGUAUUUGUGUCGAAUAUUGCGCGCGAAGCAAUCUCGACUGCCACUUUAAACACAGACUUGGAGCCUCCUUCUAGAUUGGCCUGCACUAAGCUGAUCGAGCAGAAUGUCUCUACCAAAUCGCCCGGGGGCUGCAGCCUCUCAGGGCCAGCGUGAAUCUUUCCGCAACUCUACGACGCGUCGACCGGUUCCAAGCGAUAUCGAGGCCGGCAAUUCUUCUGCUCGUCGGAGCCAUCAACGUGGGAUAUCCGGCGUUUCGCUUCCUGGGAGUUCCUCGAAUCCUAAUAUGUCUACAGACACUACUCCCCUGGCUCAAGGCCACGCCCGCACCGAUAGCCAAGAACAGCCCUUUAGCCGAAAGCGAAGCUUGAUUCGCCCUGAACGCAACAGGAUUGAUAAAGAUCACCGAAACUAUCACUACCACAAGCAUGCCGCCAAGAUGGAUGUCUUGCCCUCCUCUACCGGCAAUGACCCUCUCCUCGAGAAUGUUGACUCUGCUACCGAACGCUCUGGUGGCUCACGCACCUUUGAGAGCAUCAGCGAAAAGUCGAGAGCAAUUCCUAGCCGUCAGGCCGGUCCCGAAAAAUCCGUAGACGUGAGCCUCAGCGAACAAACCUCGCGUCCCAAGAGCCGCAAGAUUUUGAAGGAAAGCAAGCUCGGUCCCAGGAAAAAGAACACCACCCGAGAUGUAGUGCGACCCCCAAGUGUUUGGAAUGUUUACUGCGCUGUUGUUACUUUCUGGUGCCCUGAUUUUCUGCUUCGGUGCUGCGGCAAGCCCACAAAGCCUGAGCAGCGUGCUUGGCGUGAGAAGAUGGGCUUGAUUAGCAUCAUCCUCGUCAUCAUGGCUAUUGUUGGUUUCCUCACCUUUGGAUUUACUGCUGUUGUCUGCAGUGCCCCGCCUGUUCGUCUCAAGCAGAACAAGGUCGAUGGUGGCUACAUGAUUUUCCAUGGCGUCGCCUAUGACUUGUCCAGAUCCCACCAUCCCCCCGCUGAAGGUAUUCCCAAGAGACUAGAUGGUCUCGGCUCGAAUGUUCUCUACGAUCUUCCCGAGAAACAUGCUGGCCAAGACGGAAGUUUCUUGUUCCAGAAUGUCAACGGCGCUUGCAAGGACAUCAUCACGCGCACACCCUCGUCCAAGAUUCCCACCAACUCAAACAACGAGCUUGCUUGGUACUUCCCUUGCACUACCUUCAACCAAGACGGCUCUACCAAACCUAACUUUACUUACCCCUACUACAAUGGCUACUCUUGCCAUACCACUGGCGAAGCCCGUGACGCUUUCUACACCCGUUUACACGGUGCUGCUGACGUCUACUUCAGCUGGGAUGAUAUCAAGAACAAGAGCCGUAACCUUAUGGUCUACUCUGGCAAUGUUCUCGACCUCGAUAUGCUCUACUGGCUCGACCCGAAUGAAGUUGUAAUUCCGUCUAGGUUUAAGGCUCUUCGCGAUACUUCCAGCCCCAUCAACCAGGCUGUGCGCUUCCGCGACGUUACUCGCAUGUUUCAAUCUUCGGAAGACAAGAGGUAUGCCAAGUGCUUUGAGCAAAUCAUCAAGGUCGGCUCUGUCGAUACCGAAACUGUUGGUUGCAUUGCCUCCAAGGUUGUUUUGUACUGUGCUUUGAUUCUUAUCUUAUCGGUUGUCGGUGCUCGUUUUGUUCUCGCCCUCGUGUUCCAGUGGUUCAUCAGCCGCCGCUAUGCAGCUGCGAAGACCUCACAGUCUUCCGACCGCCGCAAGAGAAACAGACAGAUUGAAGAUUGGUCCGAAGACAUCUACCGUGCCCCCGCAAGACUCCCAGGCGAGAUUGGCAGCACUGUUGCUGGUUCAGACCGCCUCAGCAAGCGCAGCUCUUUCCUCCCCACCACCUCACGAUUUUCCACUAUUGGUGGACCUGAAAGGGGACCUACCGCCCGCCGUGUUCCCACUACUAUGGCUGGUCAAGGAACCUCAAGUGCCCUGGCCCGCCCGGAAUCUAUGUACAGACAAGGCAAUGACAGCCGCGCUAGUUUCCUCCGCAGUGAUCCCUUCCCAUCCACUGGCUCUGUUGAAGGUCCUGGUCCCGCUGGCUUCAUCCAUGACAGUGUUGUUCCCCAACCUCCAUCCGACUGGAUGCCGUUCGGUUUCCCUCUUGCCCACACGAUUUGCUUGGUUACUGCCUACUCUGAAGGUGCCGAAGGUAUUCGCACUACGCUCGACUCUAUUGCUAUGACCGAUUACCCCAACAGCCACAAGGCCAUUCUUGUUAUCUGCGAUGGUGUCAUUAAGGGCCAGGGUGAGAAGAUUUCUACUCCGGAUAUCUGCUUGUCUAUGAUUAAGGACCACACUACCCCUCCCGACAUGGUACAGGCAUUCUCCUACGUCGCCGUUGCUAGUGGCUCAAAGAGACACAACAUGGCGAAGGUCUACUCUGGUUUCUACGAUUACGGUUCCGAGUCUCGCAUUCCCCUUGAGCGCCAACAGCGCGUUCCCAUGAUGGUCAUUGUCAAGUGCGGUACCCGUGCCGAGUUUGAUAAGCCCAAGCCCGGUAACAGAGGCAAGCGUGACAGUCAGAUCAUUCUUAUGUCUUUCUUGCAAAAGGUUAUGUUCGACGAGCGCAUGACGGAGCUUGAGUAUGAAAUGUUCAACGGACUUUGGAAGGUUACUGGCAUAUCCCCCGACUACUACGAGAUUGUUCUCAUGGUUGAUGCCGAUACAAAGGUUUUCCCCGACAGUUUGACACACAUGGUUUCUGCUAUGGUCAAGGAUCCCGAAAUCAUGGGUCUCUGUGGUGAAACAAAGAUUGCCAACAAGCGCGCCAGCUGGGUUUCUGCCAUUCAGGUCUUUGAGUACUUCAUUUCCCAUCACCUGGCCAAGUCGUUUGAGUCUGUGUUUGGUGGUGUUACUUGCUUGCCCGGAUGUUUCUGCAUGUACCGUAUCAAGGCACCCAAGGGUGGUGACAACUACUGGGUUCCUAUUCUCGCCAACCCUGAUAUUGUUGAACACUACUCUGAGAAUGUCGUCGAGACUCUUCACGAAAAGAACUUGUAUCUUCUUGGUGAGGAUCGUUACCUUACGACGCUCAUGUUGCGAACAUUCCCCAAGCGUAAGCAAGUCUUUGUUCCCCAGGCGGUGUGCAAGACGACUGUUCCGGAAGAGUUCAAGGUUUUGCUCUCUCAACGUCGUCGUUGGAUUAACUCGACCGUUCACAACCUUAUGGAACUGAUUCUUGUGCGCGAUCUGUGUGGUACCUUCUGCUUCUCUAUGCAGUUUGUUGUUUUCGUCGAGUUGAUUGGUACGCUCGUUCUUCCUGCUGCUAUUGCCUUCACCAUUUACGUCGUCAUCAUCUCCAUUGUUCACUCGCCUCCCCAAAUCAUCCCUCUGGUCUUGCUUGGUCUUAUUCUUGGUCUCCCUGGUCUUCUCAUUCUCGUGACAGCCCACUCCUGGUCUUACGUCCUUUGGAUGAUGAUUUACCUCAUCUCUCUCCCCAUCUGGAACUUUGUUCUUCCUACUUACGCAUUCUGGAAGUUUGACGACUUCUCUUGGGGUGAGACGAGAAAGACGGACGGAGAUGUGAAGAAGAGCGAAGAACAAGCCGGAGAGUUUGAUUCUUCUCAGAUUACAAUGAAGCGAUGGGCGGAAUUCGAGCGCGAAAAGCGUAACAAGUCUGCCCACUGGGCCACCAGCCGCGAAAGCGUCGUCAUGGGCGGACAUAAUGAGUCCGAGUGGGCGCUGCCACCACCACCUGGCCGCGGCUCUUACUAUGAAUAAAAGGAAUUGCUUGGAAGACUGCUUUUUGGUUUCCGUCACAUAAUUGAGUUGGAGAAGGCGCACAUGCAUAUAAACCGUGCCCAGUGGCUUUUUUGGUUUACAUUGUUUCUUUUUUCUUGGAAGAGUGAUACCAGGCUAUGAAUUCGCCAGGGCACUAGGUGUUGAUUUUUUUUUUCGUCUUUGAAAGACUACACUUUUAGAUUUUGUUUGCUUACCUCUUUAUAUAAGCUUUAUAAUUAAUGUCAAUUAUGUCUUUACAUUCUUUGUCGGUCUUCGCUUCCCCCGAACGCUGUUCCAAGUAACGUCCUAAGUGAUAUCGCCUGUGGUAUGUAGCGUCACAAGUAGGGAAACGAAUAUUAACAGGGUAAAGAGAAAUGUCCAUUUAGAUAUAUAACGAGAAGGAAAUGAAGGAGUAAAAAGGCAACGCACGCUUGCCAUGAAGAUACACGUAAAGAGAAACGACAGAGCAAAAACACCACCCAGGAGUAGAAAAAAAAUAGAGGCAUCCGUUGCCCAAAAUAAGCGUCCCAUCCGGGCAUUACAUCUCUCUCUCUCUCUCUUUCUUACUUUCUGCUAUCCACCUCCUCUCCUAAUUCCCAAGGUUUGUUGCCAUCCACGUAGCUAGAGACGCGUGAGUCGCCUCCUCUAGCACCAAUGGUAACCCAGACGUGCUUCUGUGGCGCGACGACGCCGACGCACUCUCUGAAUCCAGUCCAGCGUAGUCGGCCCUCGCGGCUCAUGUCGCUGUUACCCAGACCGCCGUUGGACACCCAUUCCUUGACGAUGCUCUUAAUGAAUUCGACCUUGCGGCGGAAGUCGUUGGCAGCGGGAAUGCCCUGGAGCUCAGGAUCGAUUUCAGGGCGACGGCGAGUUGAGCUGGCGGCGCGAGCAGAGCUGUUUCGGGUCUGGAAGUUCAGCAGUGUCUGCAGGGGGUAGGAAAGGGUUGCGCGAUCGUCGAGAGCUGCGGCGCCGAUAGUGCCAGUCUCUGAGAGGCGCUCGGCAGCAUCCUGUGGAAGAUGCCAGAAAUGGCACCAAGUACCAGUCGCAUCAAGAACAAUCUUGGUGUGGUCGGGGAAGUUGAACUGGAGGUGGCCGUCGCAGAAGACCCAGCAACCGACGUCACCAAAGCGCUGGUAGAAGGUAACCAGCUCUGACGAUGGCGCCUUUUGUGCUGCGGCUGCUCCGUCGUCCAUCUCCUCUGCUGCAAUCGCUUCGUCGCGGCCAUAGGCAAUCAUGUAGUUGGCGAAUUUCUUCCACAGAAUAAUGCGCUCGCGCUUACGGUGCUGGUAAAUAUCCUUUCCAGGGUUCAUCUUGCCCGCAGUGCCAUCUUCAUUCACUGACACGCGGAACUGCUCUGGGGACAAUGUCGCUUCCGUAAGUCCGCCUUCGCCAUUGUUUUCAAAGAACUUGAUGUUCUGCGUCAUUGGUACUGGCUGAUUGCGGUCCACGUACGUCUCGUCUUGACGGCGUAGGAUGUGUCUCUCGGCGCCGCGAAUAAAGACACCAGCUGAGGGAAGCAGUGCUGUUUUGCUACCUUCCGUAGUAGGGAUAUCGCGCAGAAUGCACCCAACACUGCCGUCAUUCAAAAUGUAACCGAGACCAAACUUGUUCGUGUAGUCAACCCACUUCACAACUACGUGUGGAUGGGGAGGAGUCGCAGUCCUGGAAGAAAUAAUGGCCAUGGAGCGUGAGUUAAGGGCACGUUCCAAUUCUGCCUGCAAACGCUGAAGCCUCUCAAGGAUCACGUCGGGCUUUGUGCCAGAAAUGGUACUAGUUUGCUCCGUAGUACUGAAAAGAGUAGCAGAUCGGAUGGAUCCUGAUUGGGAUCGGGAAUGUGAAGAAGUAGAGGAUGAAGCCGAAAAUGUUUGACCGGUCGAUGACGAAGCGCUUCGAGAAGCUGGUAGGGCUGUUCGAACCGUUCCCCGCACGGAGGCUUUUCCACUGCUAACACUUUCUUUGGGUUCAGCUUCUCUGGAAGGCUCUGGUCGAGUGCGCGAUCGGACCGUCUGAGCCUGCGCUGGUUCUGAUGGUUGAGGAGCCCGGGUUGGUGCAGACUGUGCCGCUGGGCGACCCUGAGCUCGCUGCUGGGCAGCAAAGCUCUGUGGUGGCUGUCGCAACAAAGCUGACGGAGGAACAGUCUUCGCUGCGCCUUGUUCCUCUCGGGUGGAGGCAGCAAUUGAGUUUGCAUGUCGUAGCCUUUGUUCCUUGAUCCAGUCCUCAAAUGGUCUAUAUACAAUGCCUUCUUGCAGAGGAAUUACAGGAGUCAGACCUGCCUUUUCCUCAGCCGUCAUUUCUUUCCAAAUCUGCGUGUGCACUAUCUGGGCUGUGCUCCAAGGUCCUACAGAGCACUCGCGGCACAUAUCCUUCAGAUUUCGGUAAGACUGUGCCUGCACUUGGCCAGUCAUGGGGCUGUAGAAUUCGACGCGCUCAGGGGGCACCUCGCGAAGUUUUGGGUGGAUUUCGCUCUCCGAAGGCAUGUAUCCAGAUGUAAAGAAGGCGUGUUCGAGAAUUACGUCAGGGUCCGGCCGUUGAUCAGCAUCUGUGAGCAUUGUAGCAACCAGGUCCUUAGCUUCUUGGCUGAUGUAUGUAUUAGUCUUCUCAACGUCGGGCCAUUCGUAGUCUCGCUCUCUUGCGCGGCGAUAAAUCUCGUCUGUUGUCGAUGAUUGGAAAGGUGGCUUGGAUGUGAGCAUGGCGAAAACAAUGAUUCCCAGACUCCAGAUGUCUACAUUGUGAUCGUGGCCCUUUUUUCCCUUCUCAAGAAUCUCUGGAGCGAUAUAGUUGGGUGUGCCGCAAAGCGUGGUUCGACGGAUGGUGUGCAUGUCUCGACCAGUAACCAGCAGCGCUGCAAGGCCAAAAUCGCCAAUCUUAGCGUUCAUUCUUGAGUCUAAGAAGAUAUUACCCAUCUUCAAGUCUCUGUGGAUGAUGCCCUUUCCGUGCAUGUAUUUGAUGGCACCUGCAAUCUGAACACUGUAGAAGCGGACCUCUGGUUCAGUUAGGCCGCGACGACGUUUGACCAUGUCCAUUAGAGAGCCGUUGGGGCAUAGUUCGAGGACAAGGUAUGUGCAGUUGUUAAAGGAAAAGGCACGCAAGAAUUGUACGAUAUUCUUAUGCUUCAUUUUUGAGUGUAUUUGGAGUUCGGUUUGAA